AUGAACGUCGAUCCCGGCGUGAUCAGGCGCCUCGGCGGCUUGGGCGCUGCGGCCCUCGCUGCUGCCACCGGCGGCAUCGGGCUCUUCAACUACUCCCUCUACAACGUCGAGCCGGGACACCGCGCCAUCAUCUACAACCGCUUCUAUGGUGUUUUGGAUCGCGUCUACUCUGAGGGGACCCACUUUUGCAUUCCGUUCGUCGAGCGACCAGUCAUCUACGACGUGCGCUCCAAGCCCCGCACACUCGUCUCGCUCUCUGGAUCUCGCGAUCUUCAGAUGGUGAACAUCACCUGCCGUGUGCUGUCGCGACCGGACGUGCCCAAGCUGCCGACGGUGUACAGACUGCUCGGAAAGGAGUACGACGAAAAAGUGCUGCCUUCGAUCAUCAACGAAGUGCUCAAGAGCGUCGUCGCCCAGUUCAACGCCUCGCAGCUCAUCACGCAGAGAGAAGUCGUCAGCCGCGCAGUCCGCGACCAGCUCGUUGACCGCGCGAAGGACUUCAACAUCCUCCUCGACGACGUCUCGCUGACACACUUGAGCUUCGGGCCUGAGUACGAGAAGGCAGUUGAGGCGAAGCAAGUCGCCCAGCAGCAGGCCGAGCGCGGCAAGUACAUCGUGCUGCGUGCCCUCGAGGAGAAGAAAAGCACGAUUAUCAAGGCGCAGGGAGAAGCGGAAGCGGCUAAGCUGAUCGGUAACGCCAUCAAGAACAACCCCGCCUUCCUGGAGCUGCGCCGCAUCGACACUGCGAAGGAAGUCGCCAACACCAUCAGCAAGUCGUCGAACCGCGUCAUGCUCAACUCUGACAGUCUGCUGCUCAACCUCAUGGGCAAGGACUUCAAGGCAGGCGUUGCGGACUUCACCGGCGGCAAGUGA